UAGUAUAUUAAGAAAAUGAAGAAUGGCGAGGCCUCGAUUACAAAGCAUCAUGACCUCAGGUGUUUGGCACAUGCUAAGGAGAUUUGGGGAACUAGUGAUGUCGAUGUUGUUGACUCUACAGUUCCUGUUGUGAAAUCAAAGAAGAAGAAGAAGAAGAAGAAGAAGAAGGAAGAUGAGGAGGCUAAUAUGGUGAAGGAUGAUGAGGACUCUUUGAUGAUGGUUGAUGAUGUUCAUUGGUUCGAAAAGUCUUUCAUUCUUGGUGCGUUUACUAGUUUUGGUGGUGCGAUGGUUGAUGAAGAAGCUGUGAAAGCAAAAUGGAGGUUGGUACCGGUCAAGAAGAAGAAUAGAAUCAAGGAGAAAUGUAAGUCAUUGAAAGCUGAGGAGAUGAAAUGCUUCUUGCUAAAGGCUUAGAUUCUAAGUGAGGUGAGUUCUGCUCUCGCUAAAUCUGACUAGACAGAGAGAGACAUAAUCAGUUAAUUAGUUAGUAUCAUAUGCAUCUUUGUUUUUUCUUUUGGGGGCGAAGUAACAGCGAACUAUCUGAUGGCUGAUCUUAUUUUGCUACGAUGAAAUUCAUGAUUA